UACCUGAUAUACCAGGAAUUGAGUUCCCAUUGUUUUACCACAUGCAAUAGGGGGAAGGAAGUAGUCUCGCAUAUUCUUAACUGUUAAGCAACCACAGAAACAGAAACAAAAACAAUGGGGAAAACUCAAUCCGUGUAGCAAUCUUGAUUUUUCACAGAAGAAAGGAGUGUGGGAGAGAAUUUUGUGUGUGUAAUUAAAGGGGAAUCUGAGUUUUCUGUUGCUAAUAUGGACGGACCACCAGGAAACGACUUUUGUUCAAUCUGCCACGGCAACUUCCAUAUCCCUCAUCAAGCCAAUUGCUCUCAUUGGUAUUGCGGCAAUUGCAUUUUACAAGUUUGGAAUCAUGGGUCAGCAUUACAGCCAUGUAAAUGCCCUCUUUGUCGUCGCCAGAUUACUUUGUUGGUUCCUAGCCAGGCUUCCUCUCAGCAAGUUAAUGAUCCCGAAGCUUCUGAGAUUUUAAAAAGGAUAGAAGGGUAUAACCGUUUCUUCGGUUCACAUUCAACUGGUCUCAGCCAGAGAGUGCAAGACCUGCCAUUUCUCCUCAGGCGGUUGUUUCGAGAACUAAUGGAUCCUCAAAGAUCUCUUCCGUUUGUCAUCAAAGCACGCGUAUAUCUGGCACUAAUAUCGACUGCCAUUUACGUGCUCAGCCCUGUUGACAUUAUUCCCGAAGCAUUGUUUGGAAUACUUGGUCUAUUGGAUGAUUUCAUUAUAGCCCUCAUUUUCUUCCUUCACGUUGGCACGUUGUAUCGGGCUAUACUUGUGCGUCGCUACGGAGGAUCUUCCACCUGAACCGAACGUUUGCAUCAUCGAAUAUAUUACCGUACGUAUACAGAAUUUGAGAGAUUAUGAAAUUGUAUGUUGAUGGGAAGGUAAUCUUAGUUCUUGGAUUUUCAAUUUUGUAUUUAUAACCGAAAAUCAAGAAAUCUUUUUUGAAUUAA